AUGUGGCUGGCCCCCUUCCUAGGGCAACUACUGAUCUUCUCCAAUUUGAUGUUAACAUUCUGUAAAAAGCUCUGGUGCGGCAUUUGCGAGUGCUUGUGCAAGGACUCACAAGCCUAUUUGGAUCAUAUUAACGGCCGCAAUCACAACCAGCUUCUUGGAAUGAGUAUUUGCGUGGAGCGGGUGCCCUUGGCUCGGGUUAAGGCCAAGCUGCAGGCACCGAGGCAGGCGGCGGGGACUGGGUUGGAGCCCCCAAACCCAAAGACAAAAGCGGAUGCGCGUGCCCAACAGCAGCAGCAGCAGCAGCAGCAGGGAGGAGGCGCUCAGGGAACGUCAGGGGGAUUCGGGGUCCUUGCGGGCGGCGCAGGAGCUGAAGGGGGAGCUGCGGAGGCAGACGAUGAAUUUGAAAGGGUUCAGCGACGCCUAGAAGAACUCCAGAGGAAGCCAGCGCUAAAGAAGAGGCUUAAGAAGGAAAAGAAGAGAGCUGCUGCUUUUGCUGCUGCAGGCGGGACCACGCCAACAGCAAAGCAGCAACACCGGCAAAAACAGGGUUGGAAGCGAAUCCUAACGCCGCUGCCCUAG